AUGUUUAUCGAGACCACCCAAAUCUCAGGUGCUCACUGCUGCGCUGCUGCGGGAGUCCUGCUGAUCACAUACUAUGUUGUUCCCUACUUGCUCGAUCCCCACAACUACCGACGCAGAUUUUCUGGUCCAUGGCUCGCAUCCUUCACUGGCUCGUGGUUAGCGAAUAGUGCUACUUCCGGCAGACACUACCAGAAUCUUCUCGAGCUCCAUAACAAGUAUGGUUGUGUAUGGACAUUCGAGUGGUACACUCAAGCCGAGUUUUAUGACGCUUUUCACAAUGGCAAAGAGGAUAUUUUCAAUUCGCGAGAGAAGGCCAUCCAUACCAUGAAGCGCAAGCGUAUUGCAAAUAUAUUCAGUCCCCAGAAUAUCGUGGCCUUUGAGCCUCGCGUACGGGUACACAUUCGAAGGCUCUGUGCUCAAUUAGACAUGCGAUGCAAGCAGGCCUUUAUGGGCAAUUCAGGAUUCAACUGGGUUGCCAAAGAUGGCCGAGCAGUCAUCAAUAGCUCCCUACAGUUCGCCUAUCUAACGUUCGAUAUAAUUAGCGACUUGGCUCUGGGAUUGCCUUUUGGGAUGGUAGAAGGACAGAAAGAUUCGACCCCCGCCUUUUUAUCGCUCACCUCAAAGAAGAACAAAAUGCUUCUCUACGGUACUCCUUGGCAUAUUCCUGACCUAAUCGUUCGCCGUAACUUUCUCAAGACGGUCAAGGCCGCGGUCAACGCGCGAGUUUCCAGGAUCGAGAGAGAAGGACAAUCAGAUAAAGAGCGUGGCGUGGACUUGCUAGAUAAAUUGUUCGAGGCCCUCGUGACUCUUGGCGCCGGGAGCGAUACGACGGCCAACUCCCUAGCUGCUAUGUCUUACUAUAUUGCCUCGAACUCUGAGAUCAAGAGGAAGCUUCAACAGGAGCUCGACUUGAUUGAUAUGGACUCGGUUGUAGAUCAGGAUGAUCUCGAUGAAGAUCAAUCAGGCCACGCCAUCCCUAGAUUUGAACAGGUCAAGAAUUUGCCUUACCUUAAUGCGUGUGUAAAGGAGACUCUGCGUCUCUACUCAACAGUGGGCGCUGGACUUCCGCGGGUUGUGCCGGAAGGGAAGAAUCUGACGAUUGCUGGCCAGACGUUCAACGCGGGAAGUGUCAUUAGUAUAUCCUCCUACUGCACCAACAGAUCCAGUGUGUGGGGAUCUGAUGCCGAGGCAUACAGGCCGGAACGCUGGCUAGAAGAUGAAUCUGCAUCGUUGAACAAGUAUUUUGUGGCAUUUUCGACUGGUCCUCGUGGCUGCGUUGGCCGUAACCUAGCAAACAUGAAUCUCCUGCUAAUCGCUUCAGCAUUUUUCCGUCGAUACGAUAUUGACUUAGCCACUCCUGCCACCAAGCUCGUGGUAGAUGAAGGGUUCGUAAGGAACGUAACGGAUUGUGAGGUUUCGAUCAAGCCAAGGGUUUGA